AUGGUACAAACUCGCGCUAAAGAGGCUCAUUCCGUCGCAGAAGCCGUGCCAAGAGCCAGCAUCGACGACAAUGGUUAUAUUCCUGAAAAUGUGCCCAAGCUUCCGGAUCGGUAUGCAGACGAAAGCUACAAGCUCUUCAGCGAGGUCAAGGUUACGGAUCCAACGCCAGAGGAAGCCAUCAGAAUCCGCAACAAGCUGCUGUGGCGCAUCGUGCCGUUUCUCUGCAUAGGAUACCAUCUCAUCUCUGCCAUCCUUGGCAUCUUGAAAGACGCGCACCUCAACGCCAACCAGUACAACUGGCUGUCGUCUAUAUUCUAUUUCGGAUACAUGAUUGCAGAAUUCCCGCAAAACUGGGCUUUGCAAAGAUUUCCUGUUGCAAAGUGGCUCGCGGGCAAUCUGGUGAUUUGGGGUGGCAUCACUUUACUUCACAUUCCUUGCAAAAGUUUUGCUUCUCUUUUCGUCGUACGAUUUCUCUUGGGAUUAGCCGAGGCUUGCAUCGUGCCCUCCUACCUUCUCAUUCUGUCCAUGUUUUUCACAUACCAAGAGCAGGCUGUGAUAAUGCCCAUCAUGUGGUCGAUUGGUAACUCGAGCCCAAUUACUUCUGGACUGCUCUCGUAUGGUGCUUUGCACAUUCACACCAGUCAUUUUGCCUCGUGGCAGUGGCUCAUGUUUCUCUGUGGCGUCGUCACCGUCGUAUUUGGUAUAUUUGUCUACCUGAUGCUUCCAGACAGCCCUUUGUAUGCUCAUUUCCUGACAUCCGAGGAGCGAGCCCAAGCUAUCCUUCGAAUCAAGAGUAACCACUCUGGUAUUGAGCAGAAGCACUUCAAGAGAGAGCAAUUUAUCGAGGCCAUCAAGGAUCCAAAAACGUGGCUUUUUACAGGCCAUGCACUCACACAGGAAAUGGCCAACGGAACGACAAACCAAUACUCUCUGCUCAUAAAUUCCUUUGGCUUUACAGUUUUGCAGACGACACUGCUCGGAACAGUGACGGGGGCUGUCAGCUUCAUCUCACUUGCGUCGGCUGCCAUUGUACUGUAUUACACAAAAGACUGCCGCGCGUGGAUUUCCCUGUUUGCCUAUAUACCGACUGCGCUAUCGAGUAUUCUAUUGCUUGAUCUGCCGUCGAAUAACCGCUGGGGUCUCAUCACUGGCAUAUGGAUCCGUUCUGCUGUCGGUGUGCCAUAUGCCGUCGUCAUGAUCUGGGCGGCCAACGCCUCUGCUGGACACACGAAAAAGACCACCGUCAUUGCCCUGUACCAUGUUGCUUACGGACUGGGGAAUAUCAUCUCUCCCCAGCUCUUCCGCCCGCAAUGGAAGCCUCGCUACCGCCCGACUUGGAUCAUCCUCCUGGUCGUUGCGGCAAUUGUCCCUGCAAUCAUCGUCCUGACGCUCCGUAUAUAUCUUGAUCGCGAGAAUAAAUGUCGCGACAAGAUGGAGGGGCAAAAUCACAUUGAGGACAAUGGCAUUAUUGAGACAAUCAAUGUGGACGGUACCAUGGAGAGACAAGUUGUCGACAGCAACCAGCUCGACUUGACGGAUAGGCAGAACUUGAAAUUCCGUUAUGUUCUAUAG